CGUAAUACCAGCUGGCAAGACUAUAUUACUUGAUACAAAUACUCCAGUUCUUAAGAUGGUUCUGAUCCAAGGUUAAUAAAUUAAAAAUGAUUUUGAAUAGGUCAUUGUUGGUCUGUAUAGUGAGUUUUUGAUUAUUGUAGGCAUGUUGUUGGCUAGAUUUGUCGUUCAGCAUACACCACUAUCUGUCAGAUCAGCUCCAUACGCCACUACCUCACAGUUAGCACUAAAAAAAACUCUAGUCUGUGCUCUUGUUCACUCUCGUCUUGACUAUUGCAACUCUCUUCUGUCAGGUUCACCAAAACACUGCAUAGAAAAACUGCAGAAAGUUCAAAACUCAGCUGCUAGGCUAGUUUUAAAGGCAAAAAAACAUGAUCACGUCACUCCACUACUCCAUUCCCUUCAUUGGCUACCUAUACAGGCAUGCAUUGACUACAAGUUGUCUGUUCUCUGUCACAACUUUUUCUUGGAUUCCUGCCCUUCCUAUCUAACCGAACUACUUUCUGUCUAUUCACCGCUUCGACAGCUUCGCUACUCUGCAGACACGCAUAUUCUGUCUGUUCCCAAGACACACACUAAAACAUAUGGUGAACGAUCUUUCUCUUUCUGCACCCCCAAACAAUGGAAUUCUUUGCCACUACACAUAUGCAACAUACUAACCACCCAGGCCUUCAAAACUGCACUCAAAACACAUCUUUUUAAAUUAUACUACCCUGAGUGAUUCCCCUCCUCUGACUGAUAAACGAUCUUGCUGGCUGCCGUCCAUGGUUUGCCUUGUAAAAGUUAUGUGGUGGGGUGGGUGAAUAUACAUUGUUGUUCUUUAUUUCAUAAAUUAUGUAUUUUAUUUUAAUGUCAUGAUUAUGCCUCUUUUGAUAAAAUUUUUAUGUACAGUGCGGUGAGCCCAGCCCUAUCCUGGGGUACCGCGCUAUAUAAGAUCCAUUACUAUUAUUAUUAUUAUUAUUAUUAUUUGAUCCACUCAAACAAAUUAUUAUUUUUAAACAGGUGGAGAACUUAAAUUUGACAGUGCAUCUGUGGAGCUUCAAGCAGAGAACAUUCUCAUAACUAAUGGGGGUCUGCUGCAGGUCAUUCCCUAAUUAAUAAUGUCACUCUAUUAAAUGCAGUUGUGAAAACUUUAACCAAAAAAAAUCUUAAAAUCAAACAUUAUUUUUUUCCUUUACAAAUUAUACCAUUGGUUUGAAUAUAUAUAGUAAAAGAAUUACAUUUUCCUAGUGUAUAUAGUACUGGUAGUCAAUUAAAGGUGUUGAAAGUUAUCUUUGAACAAAGUAUUUUUUUGCAUUAGCAAUCUGAUUAAGAUGUUAUGAAGCAGUUACCUCAAUGAAACUAGUUGCCAUUACCUUAUGCUAUUACAAAAUAUUAGUUACCUUGCUAUUUAAAGACAGUCAGGCAUCACAAUCUAUGCCUUUCAAAGUGAAAGAAAAGAACAUAUAUAUGAAUGAGGCUAUGCUAUUAAACUGUUCCCUUAACAUAUCUGACACAUCUAAAAAUUAAAAGAAAUAUUCUAUUUUAACUUUACACUAACAGUUCUGUUCACAAUGCAAUAAGUCUUUUUAACAAAGAAAAACCCCAAAAAACAUUGGUCUCGUUACUGUGGUCAGGGUUUGACAUUAUUAAAGAUAUUAUGAAUACUUGAUACCAGUUGUCUUGUAUCUUGAAAAACAGCUUAUUAAAUUCAUGUCCUAAUACAGUUUAUGUGUAUUCCAAUAUCUUUUAGAUUGGAACAGCAGAAGCACCUUUUCCCAAACAACACAAAGCCAUUAUCACUUUGCAUGGUCAUUUGAGAUCAAAGGAAU